AAUUUUUAAACGUCAUUUGACAUUUGACAAGUGUAGAUGUAGUGUAGUCGGUCUCGGUUUUUGGUACUGCAGAGAAGUUACCAAUAUUGAUUUUCAGCUGAUUAAUAAUGGAACCGAAUCCUGUAAUUAUUUCUGCUACAGCAAGACAGACAGCAUCGCUUAUAUUUUUACACGGUCUCGGAGAUACUGGUCAUGGGUGGGCUAGUACUAUCGCGGCUAUCAGAGGGCCCCAUGUUAAGGUGAUUUGUCCUACGGCGUCGACAAUGCCGGUGACGCUUAAUGCAGGCUUUCGUAUGCCUUCUUGGUUUGAUUUACGAACAUUAGAUGCUACAGCGCCCGAGGACGAGGAGGGAAUUGUGAGAGCAACAACCCUUGUUCAUGGACUGAUUGCUGAUGAAGUGAAAUCUGGAAUUCCUCCAAAUCGAGUUUUGUUAGGAGGAUUCUCCCAGGGAGGGGCACUCGCACUGCAUGCUGCUCUAACAUACCAAGAACCUUUAGCUGGUGUGAUGUCACUAUCCUGCUGGCUGCCACGACAUUCCCAUUUUCCUGAUGCUGUGAAGGCUCCAAAAGAAUUACCUAUAUUCCAAGCUCAUGGUGACUGCGACCCGGUAGUGCCGUUCAAGUGGGGGCAAAUGACGGCAUCGUUUUUAAAGACAUUCAUGAAAAACAUUGAGUUUACGUCAUACCAAGGAUUGACGCACAGUUCUUCAGAGGCGGAACUAAAAGACAUGAAAGCAUUUAUAGAGAGAACUUUACCCGCUGUUAAAUAAAAUAUCUUCAAGUACUUAUAGAUUAUAUUUUUAUUUGUUUCAUUAAGUAAUGCAUCCGUAAAGUCGUUGAGGUAAAUAGUGAAAUUCUUAUUUUUUUAUCCCAUUUUUCUAAUUUAUUUUUAUUUACCAAAUACUGUGUUUAAGGAGUACCUAUGAAAUAAAGUAUAUUAAUCGUA